UUAGCAGGGUAGACAGAGUGAAAGGCAGUCAGAACGAAAAAGGGGAGUUAGAGUAUUGGGACCUUGCUUGCAAGCUAAACCACCGUGGGAGCAUUUUGUAAAAAGUUACCGAAAUAGUGCAUCGAGACAAACAGGACACAAUUCAACUUGAACAGUCGAUUUUCUUUGUAUUUGAUUCACCAUUGCAAGACUUUGUCGAACGAUAACGAAACACUCGCGGAUUUUUGCCUUGUUUAAAAAAAUAUAUAUAAAUCUAGUUCGUUAGGCUAAAUACGUUUUAUUUUACGUGCCAGCAAAUGCUUGUCUUUCAACAGUUGGACAUAUAUUUUUAUUCUGUUACACACCCCAUGAAGUCCAAUUCAUUGAUCCAGAAACGAUAAUAUUCAACAUGAGAGCUCAAAUAGAAGUAAUACCCUGCAAGAUCUGUGGGGACAAGUCCUCAGGAAUCCACUAUGGAGUUAUUACCUGUGAAGGCUGCAAGGGGUUCUUCCGCCGCAGCCAGCAGAACAAUGCCAUGUAUUCGUGUUCCCGCCAGAGGAACUGUCUUAUUGACCGAACCAACCGCAACCGCUGCCAACACUGCAGACUGCAGAAGUGUCUGGUGUUAGGCAUGAGCCGGGACGCGGUGAAGUUUGGCCGUAUGUCUAAGAAGCAGCGCGACAGCCUGUACGCUGAGGUCCAGAAGCACCAGAAGAACCAGGAGUGUCUGAACCAGGGUCUGUCACUGUCCAGGGAAGACGUGGCUGGGGGAGAAAGCAAGGGGGACAGGCACGGGGAUCUCAGUCGCUCCUACAGCAGCGGGGGCUCCAGCUCCACCCUGAGUGACCUGGAUGACAUCGCAGCGCUCCCCAAACUGUUUGACCUCCCCUUGACCCCACAGGAGGCCCACGAGUACUGCAGCCUGGAGCUGCAAGAAGACCACGGCGGAAGCACUGGGAACACCUCCAAUUCUUCAUCACCAUCAUCAUCCUCGCCCAUUUCGUCCAAUCAGAAUUCUCCCCAGCAAAAUCUACUGGAUGUCACCGACGCCAAUGGGAUCAAACACGAGUACCAGAUGUUGUCGCACACACACACGCUCCUGGCACACACACACGCCACACUGCUAGAGACACUGCCUGAUGACUGCACUCUUAUGGAUAUAGAGCGUAUCACCCAGAGUGUGGUCAAGUCCCACUUGGAGACGAGUCAGUACAGCUCUGACGACCUGAAGAGGCUGACAUACAAUCGGAUGCAGUACUCACCUGAGGAGACUCGCAACUUCCAGUGCGAGUCUGCAGAGUCUGUGUGGCAGCAAUGUGCCCACCACAUCACCAAUUCCAUCCAGUACGUGGUGGAGUUUGCCAAACGCAUUACAGGCUUCAUGGACCUGUGUCAGAAUGACCAGAUUAUUCUGCUCAAAGCAGGCUGUCUGGAGGUGCUGUUGAUUAGGAUGUGCAGGGCAUUUAACGCCACCACCAACACCAUGUUCUUUGAUGGCAAAUUUGCCUCCGCUCAGCUCUUCAAAGCCCUCGGUUGCGAUGACUUGGUCAGUGCCGUGUUUGACCUGGCUAAAGGGCUCUCCCGCCUGCAGCUGACCGAUGAGGAGAUGGCUCUGUUCAGCGCCGCUGUCCUUCUGUCCCCAGACCGACCAUGGUUAGCCGACAGCCAGAAGGUCCAGAAGCUACAGGCGAAGGUCUACCUGGCUCUGCAACACAGUCUGCACAUGAGCGGAGCUGCCGACGAGAAGCUAGACCAGAUGGUAUCCAAGCUGCCGAUAAUGAAGUCCAUCUGUAAUCUCCACAUCGACAAGCUGGAGUUCUUUCGUCUGGUCCACCCCGAGACCGCAUACAGCUUCCCACCACUCUACCGGGAAGUGUUUGGGAGUGAGAUCUCUCUCCCCGACUCUACAAACAACUCCUAGAGAGAAAGAUGGAGUGAAUGUGUUAGAGAGAAAUAAGUAUGGAGGUAGGGAAGUGAAAGGAGAGAAUGAAUAAGUGAGGGAUAUAAAUAGUGACCUCAGAAAUAACCAGCUGUUAACGAGACAAUCCAGGACUUAAAAUACUCAGUCUCCCAGCAUCCUGUUGUGUUAGUCCACCACUAUCCCAGCAGGCCAUACACCUUUCACUACAGACUUCACCUUCAUGGUCCUUUUGUACCGUAGCACUUUGGACAAACUAAUGGGCGAUAUGCAUAUUCUACAGUAUGCACAUAGAUCAUUUAGCAUUAGAACUAGAGGUCGACCGAUUAUGAUUUUUCAAUGCCGAU